AUGAACACAGCCAGCGUAACAGAUACGAUAGAGCUUAUUAAAUGCGGAGUGAAGUUUGAUCCUCCAGCAUUGGUUCUAUGCUAUAAACAAUCGGGACAGAUUCGCCGACGCUCAAUGCCAUUGCGAAACUUUAACAAAAACACAGGUAUUGACCACAUGAUAGAGGAUUUAAACUCGAACCCUCGUCACUCCAAAUUUGUGCGGCUGCUUUCUGUCGCACAACUACAGCGUUUAUUAACUAUCAUUAAAGACAAGCUGGGUGGCCUUAGUCUUGAAGCGAGCAUUGCUCGUAAUAAUGCAAUGGAUACACUCAGCCCAGAGGAAAAUUUAAACAAAGUAGACCCUGAGACACUUCAGAGGAAGAAGCUGAUUAUGGAUGGUUCCUUUGAAAAGAGAAGAAAGCGGCCUGGUGACCCAGGUUAUCAAUACAAUGUUGAAGUAGACUUUGAAAAUGGUGUCAUAGAAACUAGUGGAUGGGAUUCUGACAAUUCUGAAUCAGACUUUUGA